CGGAAAAACUCAAGAGGCUUUCCUCUCGCUGGUCAUUGUUCAGCAGAUCCAUGGAGAGAGCACAGCGCACCAGGAACGCUCGGGGAACAGACGCCACCGGCAGCGAGACCAGGCUGUACCCUCCUCAUCGUUCUUCUACUAUAUGAGAGAGCCAAAUGUGUUGCUUGUCAUCUGAACCAAAAGUGCUUCAGAUAGCCGGUGCAUGUAUGUAUUGGCUGCUGCGUGCAACACAUACUGUGGGCGUGUGAUUUGGAGGCACUGUGGUGGAGGCGGUGCAUGUUGUUGCUGUGCUCAUGGCUCAGAGGAGGGCUGCUGGUGGCUGCUGCUGCCCCAGGGCGCCCAUGAACGAAGACAAUGCCCGUUUCUGCCUGCUGGCCGCGCUCAUCCUGCUCUACCUGUUGUGCGGGGCGGCCAUCUUCUCAGCCCUGGAGCACCCCUUCGAACUGCGCGCCCGCCGCCUCUGGAAGCAGCAGCUGGACAACUUCACCCAGAGAUACAGGGUCAACCUGGGCGCCCUGCACACCCUGCUGCGUCAGUACGAGGAGGCGAACGGCGCUGGGAUCAGGGUGGACGCCUUGAGGCCUCGCUGGGACUUCUCUGGAGCGUUCUACUUCGUGGGCACGGUGGUCUCCACUAUUGGCUUCGGCAUGACCACACCAGCGACCAUAGCUGGGAAAAUAUUCUUGAUUUUCUAUGGUCUCAUCGGCUGCGCUGCCACCAUCCUCUUCUUCAACCUCUUCCUGGAGAGGAUCAUCACGAUGUUGGCUUACAUCAUGCGCUGGUGUCACGAGCGCCGGCUGAGGUGUGCCGGAGUCAGGGUGGAGUCGAGCAGGGAGGAGACGUCCGGUGAGGAGGACAGUCUGGAGGGCUGGAAACCGUCGGUCUACUACGUGAUGCUGAUCCUGGGUGUGGCGUCGGUUGUGAUUGCGUGCAGCGCCUCCACCCUGUACAGCUCCAUGGAGAACUGGAGCUACGUGGACUCUCUCUACUUCUGCUUCGUGGCCUUCAGCACCAUCGGAUUCGGGGACCUGGUGAGCAGUCAGAGGGAGCAGUACGAGUCUCAGGAGGCCUACCGGCUCGGGAACUGCCUUUUCAUCUUGAUGGGGGUGUGUUGCAUCUACUCGCUUUUCAAUGUCAUCUCUAUCAUCAUCAAGCAAACUCUCAACUGGAUCGUGGGAAAGCUGGUGUGCUGUGGGCGCCACCAGCCCUGCUCCUGCUCUAGACCCGGCUGCGGGUGGCUGUGCUGCCCCUGCCUGCAGAAAAACAAACACAAACAGAGGCGCCUGCCACCACACCUCAGGCAAAAGCGCUUAAAACGCAAUGCCGUGCAGCCUAUGGCUUCCCACUGCCCUGCAGGAAGACACCGCUACACAGAGGGCUCAGUGGAGACGGUGUGUGACAGUGAGACGGAUGCAGGUGCAAUGGCUGACGGGGUGUAUGUAGGCCGGCGUAUGUCAGGAGAGAUGAUCUCUGUCAAUGAGUUCAUGGUGUCCAAUAAGGUGUCUCUGGCACUGCUGCAGAAGCAGCUCAGUGAAACAGCUCAUCAGGGCCCGCGUCAGAGCUAUGGCCACCAAAAUGGAUUCUCCGGUGGUGUGGGGGCCUUGGCCAUCAUGAAUAACCGCCUUCAGGAAACCAGUGUAGAUAGGUAGCACCAGCUAGAUGUUAUUAUUCCAAUGUGUGUCGCUUCGGGUUCUCUAUAUUGUAACCCUGAUUUCAAGAAAGUCACUAACUCGUCCUCUAAUUAGCAUCUGUGCGGCGCCCCUCCGGACGUCUAUGCAGAUAAUAGCAGAUCUCCAGCAGUGAUCCUGGACAUCAGCUAAUUGAUGACAUUUUAUUCAGCGUAGACAAAGAGAAGAAAAAAGCAGAACGUGAUUUAAAGAAUUCAGCAUGGCUGUGAAGAGGGGUCUGAUGUCUUGAAGUGAUUGGCUCAUACAAAAGCAAUCAGAUGAAAGAAGCAGUGAAGGACCACUUGAUGGGGGCUGCUGAUUUGAGAGUGCCGGCUGCACAUGUCCCCCUGAGCUCCUCAAUAAAUGUGGUUUUACGUGAGGUGGUAGUCAGUAAUAGUCACCAUACAGACAUUAACACAUGUCCACAGUCUGCUCUUAGAUAACUAGCUGCAUAUAUAAAACAUUUGAGCUGUCGUUUGUAGGUAAACCGAGCUUCUCAUAGCUCAAGAGCGCUGAGAAAGAGACGUUUUAAUUUGUUGAUUGCCCACAAGUCGCCCAUCUUGUUUCAUCAGUGCACGUCAUUGAAAUUCAUAGUAAUCAUGAAAGAGCGCUGGGAUCCAGGGCCUUCAAAAGAGCAUGUCUAAUCAAACGAGGCCCACAGAGGACGUCCUUAUGUCAGUAAGUGCUGUACAGAUAGUUGCUGGAUCACAUCAACAGAGCGGCGAGCAAGAUUCAGGCUCUCCUUGGCCGGCUGGAGGAGAUCCUUUACUAUGCAAGAAAAGCCAUUUUAAUUUGUCAUCUGGUUUUCAUCAGUGCUCGGGAUGAUGGGAAAAG